GUCGGCCCCAGUCUUCUGUUCCGCGGCGUUUUAUCUGCUAUCCUCGCGUUCCUUAUUUGUUUUUUUCCAAGUCAAUUACAAAAUCGUUUUAGUUUGGAAAAUAGAAAGGUUUUUUUCCUCGGGAUCUCUACCGCUCAUAAUUCACAAUCUUGCUCUUCAAUCUCUCGCUCCCUAAAUCCUCAACUGUCGUCGCCGUUUUCCCCAGGAAGAUGAACAUUUUCUCGAAGAAACCCACACCCAAAGAUGCGCUUCGAGCAAGUAAGCGAGAAAUGUCACAUGCCACGAGAGGUCUUGAGAGGGAGAUCGCAGCAUUGCAGUUAGAGGAAAAGAAGCUGGUUUCCGAGAUAAAAAGGACAGCAAAAACUGGAAAUGAGGCUGCAACUAAAAUUUUAGCCCGUCAGCUUAUCAGGUUAAGGCAGCAGAUUGCUAAUUUACAAGGAAGCCGAGCUCAGAUGCGAGGUAUAGCAACACACACACAGGCAAUGUAUGCCAACACUUCAGUGGCCGCUGGCAUGAAAGGUGCGAGCAAGGCAAUGGGAACUAUGAAUAAGCAAAUGGAACCUGCAAAGCAAAUGAAGGUUAUGCAAGAAUUUCAAAGACAGUCAGCACAAAUAGAUAUGACGAGUGAGAUGAUGUCAGACUCCAUUGAUGAUGUCUUGGAUAAUGAUGAAGCUGAAGAAGAAACUGAGGACCUAACAAAUCAGGUUCUAGAUGAAAUUGGAGUUGAUAUUGCAUCACAGUUAUCAUCAGCUCCCAAGGGAAGAAUUGCAGGGGAAAAUGCUCAAAGUGCUGAGAGCUUGGAGGUGGAUGACCUUGAGAAGAGGUUGGCUGCACUGAGAAAUCCAUGAGUUGAAGGCUCCAUUUAUCAGUCUUCAGAUCUCAUUCCUGCAUCUACUCUACAUUCCAGGAAGUUUAUAUAGUAUGUAGAUGUGAAUUCACGUUGUGCUUGAGAUUCUUGCGUAAAUAGUUUCGGAAUGCAAACUCGAUGGGAGUGAGCAUGGGUGAACCAAUGUUAAAAUAUGCUUGGAACACAGAGACUGCCAAUGAAGUGGGCGAGCAUGGGCGAAGCUGGUGUAAAGAUUGGUGUGAUCACAUUGCAAGUUCGAUAUCCUUUUGAUUGGCCAACAAGGAAUGCUAUGAACUUUGUAAUUUUUCAUGCAAUAAAAGUGGCUUCUCCGGUUUUAAUGUA